AUGUCGUACCCCGGCCCUCCAGGUGCCUCCAAGGGCGCGUCGCAUCCCUCACUUCCUCCUCGACCCCCCGCUACGAAACUCUCGGGCUUCAAACCUGCAUUCUCGGCCGCGCCCUCUGUCACGACCUAUUCCACUCCCUCGCCAAUCGGCUAUCCUGUCACCACUGCACCACCUUCGUACUCGAGCGCGGGCUAUGGCGCCCCUGGCAGCUAUGGCUUACCUCCUUCCACCGCUCCAUACAUGGCUACCGCUCCGGGUGCUCCCGCCCUAGGUGUUAGUCCCGGUGGCUACAACCAGGCAAGCCCGUAUAGUUAUCCCCAACAGCCUCAGCAGCAAGGCUACCAGCAACAGCAGCCCUACUAUGGCGCCCCUGCCACCGCUGCUAGCUACGCCGGCGCUCCCCAGAUCCGCAAUCCCUUCCCAGCCCCCAGCACGCAAGCCGUCACUUCCGACUACAACCCCGAGGUGGCAGCACAAAUCGCGCAGUGGCAGAGCGCGUAUAUGCCUAAAGACCCUUCAGAACCGUCGAUCCGAGGUCCUGCGGGCGCUGCUGGACGUGCCGGCAACAUUGGCGCGGCUGGAGCAGCUGGCCAGGCCUAUGGCGUAGCCGUCGAUGCCAGCAAUACCGGCGGUCAGGCCGGCGAGAAAAAGAAGACCGUCUACCGAGAAGGCGGCGGCAAAAAGUGGCAGGACGACUCACUCUUGGAAUGGGACCCAUCGCAUCUACGUCUAUUCGUUGGUAACCUGGCUGGCGAGACGACAGAUGAGUCUCUGUACAAGGCGUUCUCUCGUUGGAAGAGCAUACAAAAGGCUAAGGUUGUCCGCGACAAGCGCACGACAAAGAGUAAGGGAUUCGGCUUUGUCAGUUUCAGCGACCCCGAAGACUUCUUCCAGGCCGCCAAAGAGAUGAACGGCAAGUAUAUCCAGAGCCACCCGGUCACGAUUCGCAAGGCCAAGACCGAGAUCAAGGCCCAAGUCGUCAAGGAAGACCGCAGAGGCGCCAGGAAUCACAAGAGAAGCAGCAAACCCAACGAAGACAACAAGAAUAAGAGCGGCAGCGGCGUGGGAGAUGGCAAAGAUAGCGCUCCAUACGAGCCGGCUCUCGGCCCUAUUGGGGGCGGUAUCACGAAGCCCGGCCAAAAGACGCGAGGUGGCCUGCGGCUGCUUGGCUGA